AAAUAACGUUGGAGUCAUCGGAUCCAAACAAACCAAAAAAACAUUUAUGCAUUUAUCACGAACUUGGCCUUUACUGUAAACAUGACACAUAAGAAUUUGACCCAUCAGCCUACGUAUGAUGUAUAUCUAAUUAUGAAAACAUGUCCCUCAAAGGAGCCACGUAACGUCUGAAGAGCCAGAGGAGUAUGGAAGACGGAAGUUCAGAUUCAUUGGCAGGAUAUCCGUAAAUGUCUGACGUGUCUAUUUCGUGGAAGUAAGUGGGUAGCAGAUAGGAGAACGAGUGGAGGCGUGGUCGGUUUCACGUUAAUAUCAGCUGCCCGUCGAAACUUCCUUGUUCAAAACUAAUGAAGAGGAGGCUAAGACGUUAACGCUACAGUGUUUCAACAACGAACUGAUGAAGUUGAAAUGGCCUUUAGACGGGGUUGAAUUUCUCUGUCUUCAACAUCCCUUCUGCUGAGCAGCCUGCCAGGUGAUCCAGAAACAAUCAAAAAUACAUCCUACAACCUAUAUACUUUAUUUAAAAAUUCAACAAAAUGGAAAACAAAGCUGUUGGAAAAGAGAAAUUCUUUAUAGUCACUCGGGGGAAGUCAUGGAAAGGAUUCUCCCGGGGAUGCAUUGGUCGUGUGGAGGAAGAGAGGCAGGAUGGAGAGGUGUUGGGGCUGAUGUACACUGGCACCAGCAACACAGGCGGCCCCAACAGCGGGGGCACCGUGAAGAAGGAAGACACGUAUCCCCUUACCCGUCACCAGGCCCAGCUGCUGCUCUUUGUGCCCAUUGCAAGCAAGCGUGUUGAGCUGAUCUGCGACCCCCGGCUGUUCUCUGCCAUCUGUGAGCUGUCCCAGCAUGAUAUAGUGAUGGUGAAGUACAAGAAAGGGCACUUGCCAGCGCUGGUUAAAAACCUGAUGAAGAUUGGAAGAAAGGAGAAUGCAGAGGACCUUCAUAUGCUUGGGUUCGAAGUGGAGUUUUUGGACCAGGAGAAGAGUGCUGGGACCAAGAAGCCAGCCCCUCUCCCUCUGUUCAACGCAGCAGACAUUGUCCAGGUGGUCCCUGGCUACACGGUUCCCGUUAGGCCUCACUGGGCCGAUGGACACACCGGCGGUGUCGACAGGAAGGUGGUGUCACGCAUCAACUCCCUGCCCAACAUGAGGACGCGUUUGAGGCCGAGCGAGACACGCACGGACCAGCGAAUCACAGCGAGCCGUGGCCCCGCAGCGGACGAAGCCCCCCUGGAUGUGGGCUCCAUGGUGGAGGUCACGUCCAACACGGGGGCCACUGUGUACGGGGUCAUCCGCUGGAAGGGUGUACCUGUGGGCAAGACUGUGGAGUGGGCGGGUAUCGAACUGGACUAUGACCUGAAGGGCUGCUCAGAUGGGAUUCGUGGAGGCCAGAGAUAUUUCACUUGCCCAACGGGCCGGGCUUUGUUUAUUGCCAUGACGAUGUGCAGUCCUGACCAGAGGUUCCACGGCUCCUUCGACAGGAAGAAGACCCUCAAGAGUGUCGACAUCCCCCCUGACAUCGAGUCAGACGAUUCUGAAGAGGACACGCCACCUAUCUCUGAAUCCCAGGCCGCGUCUCUGUUAGUGGGGAGGAUGAGAGGGAUUCAGGGGCAUUUCAAUUCUUGUUACCUCGAUGCCACGCUCUUCAGUUUAUUCUGCUCUUCCACCGUCCUGGAUAGCUCCUGGCAAAAGCCGGAUUGGAAAGAAGAACCCACCUGUCAAAUACUGAGAAAAAAGAUUGUCAACCGCUUACGCAGAAAAGGCUUUGUUCAUGCCGAGAGUGUGAUGAGCCUACGCAAACAGCUUGGCUGCCACACUUUCCGAACAGAGGAAAAAGAUCCUGAGGAGUUCAUCUCAAUUCUGCUUCAGCGAGUUCUCUGCAUAGCACCGCUGCUUAAACUCAGGUCCAACAUGGAGAAGUGUGAGGGCGCGUACACCUACCAGAUCAUCCUAGAAAAAGAGCAGGCCGGGAGGGUGCCAACUGUUCAACAGUUGCUGGACGCUUCCUUCCUGUCAUGCAACCUUAAGUUUGAGGAGGCCCCAUCGUGUCUCAUAUUGCAGAUGCCGAGGUUUGGAAAGAAGUACAAGAUGUUCCCACACAUCAUCCCCUCUACCCAUCUGGACCUCAACAAUCUCCUUCACAAUGCUCCCAGAGAAUGCUUCAUCUGUGGGCAGCCAGCCACCAACGAGUGUGUACAGUGUCUGCAGGACCGCAAGCUCCAGCCAGGGAAAAUCAAGCAGUACUGUUCCGUCUGCAGCACACAGGUGCACACUCAUCCCUCGCGGCAGGGACACCGCCCCAGAGCCCUGGCACCUGCGCCUGCAGAGCCGACCACCGGUGCAACCGUUCCCGGACACGCAAUGGAGCUGUUUGCCGUCCUCUGUAUUCAAACCAGCCACUACGUGUCCUUUGUCAAAUACGGCCCUGACCCCCACUCAUGGCUGUUCUUCGACAGCAUGGCCGAUAGAUGUGGAGACGACCAAAGCGGUUACAACAUCCCAGAGGUCACGGCUUGCCCACAGCUCGGCGACUUUCUGUCCCAGUCGGAGGAGGAAGUGGCCGCGGUCGACCCCUCCCGUGCGGCCGAGCCCGUGCGCAGGUUGCUGUGCGACUCGUACAUGUUCCUGUACCAAAGUGCGUCCGUGCCGCUCUGUGAAGAGAGCCGGCUGUCACUGCGCCAACAGGAGGGGGGAGGCUGCGAGGGGACGGACUGUUCCCAAAACAAAGCCACGACGCUAACCUUGUGAUUCUCCACGGCCACCGGGGAAAGGCUACGGGACAAUUAGGUGGGACACAAAACCCUGUAGCCUUCUGGAGCAUUGUUGAGAAAAGCUAUUUGUUGGAAAUGAGGAUCAAUGACCUACAACACCACUUUGAAAGUGGUGUUCCAAGAGUGGUGCUGGGAAUCUUUCUUAACUGUAUAUGAAGUAUGAGUAUGAGACUUAUAGAUGUAUGUAAAAUUUGAGGGAUGGUCGUGCAGGUCACAUCUAUGAUGUUAUUAUUCUAUAUUGGUGUGGUAUCAGGUCUUCUUCUCAAUAAAUGGAAAAAAUGUUGGAAUCCUUCAACGUUAAACAGUGCAA